UGCGCCUGUCACACUCAUUCAGUUCCUCUGUAACUCAAACCUGUGCGUGUGCUUGUCGGUGGCUGCAUGGUAAUUUGAGGAGACUUGCAAGCCAUCCCUCCGAAGAGAAUCAGAAUGAUAAGAUGAACUGACGGGAGAGGUUGUGACACUUGUCUGAUUGUGCUUGUUUUAGUAUUGUGUCUGUGUCUAUGUUUAAAGAUGCCGAAGUCUUUUUUAUUUACCAACAAAAGAUUUACAGCUUACAAACAACAAUAUGGAAGUGCGACAAAUGACAACUCUUUUGAAGGAGUUUCGAAACAAGAAUCAACCCAUACCACUAACCAGAAUGAAACAGUUAACAUAAUUAGCGAAGAACACAGUGUCAUGAAUGUUCCGCUGUUACAGACAGACGAAACAUGGGAAACAUCAAGCUACAAUAGUAAUGCUAAUUCGAAUACAGUCAGAACGGAGGUCACGAGGAAAGAGUAUACUUUACCAAUUAUAAAGCAAAAAGAAAGAUUUCGUACUUUUGAGACAACUCAGUUCAACUCCCCACCACAACAAGCGCACUAUUCUUUCGAAACGAAUUGCGACACAUAUGAAAACAGACUGGAUGAUAGGCACCAACGUACUAUUUCAGAAAACUUUUAUAAGCAGACAAAACAAUACGAUGUCUCUGAUGGCGAAAGUGAUAGCGGGAUAUCAUUGAUUAGUGAAGAUAGCCGUCACGGAUAUUCACCAAAAUCAGAUUACGCAUACCACUGCUCGGAACACCUUUCGCUUUUAUUUGACUUCUUUAGUCCAAGAAAACCUGUUGUUCGUGAAACAGUUGUCGAAGAACAUCAAGAAGUUCGAAGAGCAUUGGACUUUAGUAUGCCAAACUAUCAAACGUCAACAUUGAGAAACACAGAAUCCCAAGACGAAAAAGCACAAUUUAUUGAGACAGAAGAAAUGUUUGCCUGCGCAGAUUGCGGAAAACGUUAUAGUACAUCGAGCAAUCUUGCCCGACAUCGCCAAACACACCGUAGUUCCGCCGACAAGAAAGCUCGACAAUGCCCACACUGUGACAAGGUUUACGUGUCUAUGCCAGCUUUUAGCAUGCAUGUCCGAACACAUAAUCAAGGUUGCGAAUGUCCAUACUGCGGCAAGAAGUUUAGUCGACCAUGGUUGCUGCAGGGUCAUAUUCGUACCCAUACGGGCGAGAAACCUUUUUCUUGUCCACAGUGCUCUAAAUGUUUCGCCGACAAGUCUAAUUUGCGUGCACAUGUUCAGACACAUUCAACAGAAAAGCCUUACGAGUGUGGGCGUUGCGGAAAAGCUUUUGCUCUGAAGAGUUACUUAUAUAAGCACGAAGAGUCGUCUUGUAUGCGUGGACAGAGAAGUGUACACAAGAGAAUAAGGAAAGGAACUGCGCUACAAGAACCAACAACGGCAAUGUUUGUAGAUGAACACGAAAGAAACUCUUGGUAAAAUAAUGAUUACAAUAGUAGGCGACACCAGAAAUAAUUUGAGGACCAAUUUAAUAUUAUAUUUUCUUCUUUUUUUCUAUUCCGUAAAAAUGGAACAACCAGACAGAAACAUUCCAUUCAUUUUAAAAUACAUUAUUGUAAGCGAUUUUCAUCUUUCUUUUAAACUACAUGUUUGAUUUUUUUAAUAACUUGUACUAGAAAGGAUGCGACGGCGAGAAGUUCUUACAUUCCUCUGUCGCAGCACGUGUAUUUUUUAUUGAAGUAGAAAUAAUUAUUCAUUUCAUCACUAUAGCUCAUACAUUUUAAUAUGCAAAGCACAUUUUAAAUAGGAAUAAUCCUGUCUUUUAAAGGCACCAUCGUAAUGUCAUUUUAGAUAUUUUUAUACUAAAGAGUCUAACUCUUUGAUUUUUUCUUGUACAACUGUGUGUUUUGUCCUGUGUGUAUUUGACAAAAAUCUGACGAUUUACUUAAACUUCUUUUUGAAAUGUGUGUAUUCAAAGUAUUUAUAAUGUUUUAAAGAUUUGAGAAAAGAGAAAAGGUCCAUCAAGCAAGACAUGAUAUGAAUUAUAUACGUACAUCAAAGAAAAACGUGUAAAACACAUUGUGUGACAUUAUUUAACAGCAGCUAGAGUUUAUUAUUUAAUUUAUUUGUUUGUAUUUUGUCCUUCUUAUUUUAAUAAUUUAUUUAUUUAUUGAGGUGUGUGUAGUUUUUUGUGGUUAUACGUUAUUUAUUGCAUGGAAGUGCUAAAGGCAGUACAGAACAGGAUAUGCAGACUGAGCACACAAAAUAAGUGCUAAAUCAGAUCUUUGGACAUUUUUAAAACAUGUGUUAUUUAAUAUUUAUUUAUUUAUUUAUUGUAUGUUGUUUGCAGUGUUGUUUUCGUUUUUAUAGGCAAGUAUUUAUUAUUUUUAUAUACUAUUUUUGCCAACAAAUUUUGAUUUUUUAUAUUUUUAUAAAAUAUGGUAUUUUUACUGUCAUUUUCAAAAGGCCUCUCAACAACUGUUUAUACAGAUCACCCAUUCAUUUUUUUUUAUCUCAUGAAUUUCAUUUCAUUUUUAACAUCCAAUACAUUUUAGGGCAAUUUAAUAUAUUUUUUUUGUAAAUAAAGAUUUUUUUAAUGUUAUAGGCGUCGGGGAGAGUGCAGCAAAAUGAAGUCUUAACGCUGCAUUUUGCACCAAAUAUUCAUACUUUUUUUCAAGAUUUGCUGACGUUUUCAGAAAAUACAAUUUUUUCAUCAUUUAAUUGAUCAGAACUUGUUAUCAAAGAAUCAAAACUUUUCAUAUUUGGUAUGUUUGUACUACUGGGUUACUGUCUUAUUGACGUUUAGCCCUGCACUUGUUUUAUUUAUAUUUAUAUUUUUCUAUAAUGAAGGUAAAAGAAAUAUAUAUAUCAACACGAAGGAGCUAAGAGCAAAGCUUGAACUUUAUUGGUUAUAUUUUAUAUAGUUUGACAUUGCUUAAAUAA